AUGGGUAAAGAUUUUAAUAAAAAGCAAAAAUUUGUCAAAUAAGACAAGGAAAUUAACGUUAUUGAAGAUGAAGAAAAGAAAUCUAAGAAGAAGAAAGGAGGUGGUUUUGAAUCUAUGAAUUUGGUCUAUCCUGUUUAUAAAGCUAUCAAAACUAGAGGUUUUAAUAUGCCUACUCCUAUUUAAAGAAAGGCUAUUCCUCUUAUUCUUGAAGGAAGGGAUGUUGUUGCUUGUUCUAGAACUGGUUCUGGUAAAACUGCUGCCUUUAUUAUUCCAUUAAUCAAUAAAUUACAAAAUCACUCUAGAAUUGUUGGUGCCAGAGCUUUGAUUGUCGUUCCUACUAGAGAAUUGGCUUUACAAAUUGCAUCCGUAUUGAAAACAUUUAUUAAAUUCACUGACUUGACCUAUACUUUGAUUGUUGGUGGUCACGGCUUGGAAGGAUAGUUCGAAAGUUUAGCAUCUAACCCAGAUAUUAUUAUUGCUACUCCUGGUAGACUUAGUUAGUUGAUAGAUGAAACUGAUUUGUCUUUGAAUAAAGUAGAGUUCUUAAUUUUUGAUGAGUGUGAUUAUUUGUUUGAAAUGGGUUUCGCUGAUUAAAUGAAGACUAUCUUAAAAAAAGUAAGCCAAUAAAGAUAAACGCUUAUGUUUUCUGCUACCAUUCCAGAGGAAUUGUCAUCUUUUGCAAGAGCUGGUUUGAAAGAAUACGUCUUUGUUAAGUUGGAUUCAGAAUUUACAAUUAAUGAAAAUAUUACUCUCAAUUUCAUCCUCACUCGUAAUAAUGAGAAAAUAGCUUCUCUCGUUUAUUUACUCAAAAGUGUUAUUCCUUCAGAAGAAAAUAGCAUUGUUUUUGCAAGUACUAAAUAUCACGUUGAUUUGAUUUGUGCUAUUUUGGAUAAAUUCAACAUCAGCAAUGUUUCUAUUUAUGGUAAAAUGGAUGCUUUUGCUAGAAAAGAUUAAAUCAGUGAAUUCAGAAAUAAAAAGUGUAAUGUCAUGGUAGUUACAGAUUUAGCAAGUAGAGGUAUUGAUUUACCUAAUGUAAAUAAUGUUAUUCAUUACGAUUAUCCCGCAUCUACCAAAAUUUUCAUCCACAGAUCUGGUAGAACUGCUAGAGCUGGUCGUAAAGGUAACACUUAUGCCUUAAUGGGUAUGAAUGAAAUCAUGUAUGUCUCCGAAAUUAUGGUUUUAGCUGGAAGAAAGUUAAGCAAUCAAGUUGAAGAUAUGAAAGACACUUCUAAAGCUAUUUAUGGUGCCAUUCCCGUUUAACUCAUCGGUGAUGAACAAGCAAAAAUCUAAAUUCUAUUAAAAGAAGAUAUUGAAAUCAACAAAAUGUAGCAAUUAGCCAAUAACGCCUACAUUCAAUUUAAUAAAUCUCGUUCUAGUGCAAGCAAAGCUUCAAUCAAAGACUCUUAUUAAGUUAAAAUAGAUUCAAUUAACCCUCUUUUCCACAAGUUCGCUGAAGAUGAAAAGGAAAAAAUGGAUUACUUAUCUAAAAUUAAAAAUUACAAGCCAGCAAUAAGUGCUUUGGAAAUUUACAAGCAAAGAAGUUUAAAGAAUCAUACUGGUACUGAAGAUCCCAGCUUGCUUGAAAAUGUCAAUACACUUGCUAAAUCAGUAGCUGAUUUAAAGAAGCAAAAAUAAAUGUUCAAAGACAAGUAAGAGAGAAUAGAGAAAAUCAACAAAAUUAAGAUGGGUAUUGCCCUCCAAAACGAUGGUGAAAAAAUGGAAAUUGAAAACAACAAAAAAGCUGCUGCUGAAGAAGAAGAGUAUGUAGAUGAAGGCUUAUUAGAUGAAGAACUUGUAAAGAAAAUGAAUGAAGCCGAAUAAGAGUUUGAAGAAGAUGAAGAUGAUGAAAAACUUAUUAAUGACGAACCUGAAAUUAAAUAAAAGGAAGAUACAUAAGAAUAAUAUAUUAUAGAUCACAAGCCUAAAAAGAUUAAAAAGUCUCAAAUGGUAGAUUUCAAGAACAAAGACCAAUACAUUGAAGCUUAACCUGAUUAUCACAAACCUAAAAAGAGUAUUGAAGAUGAAAAUAAAAUCUCCUCUACUGAUGUUAAUGCCUUUGUUGUUGCAGAAGAUUACGAAGAUCUUCUCAGAAAUAAAAAGAAAAUGAUUUGGGAUAAGAAAAAGAAAUAGUUUGUUUUCGGUAAGACUGAUGAAGUAGGUAGAGUUGUAAGAGACAAAGAAGAUAAAAAUAAAAAUGGUAAGAAAGGUAAAGUUGCUAAGGAAAUGCUUAAAAAAUGGGAGAAGAAGAACUAGAUCAAGUUGUAAAGAGAUGGUGAGUAAGAAGAUACAACUCUUGUUGAUAGAGUCAGAGGUAUGUUCAAAAAGAGAGCCCUCAGAUAGAAAGGUAUUUACUUACCCGAAGACAACCUAGAAAAAUAAUAAAAGGGUGUUAAGAGCGAAUUAAAAAGCCAUCAACAAAUACUUAAAUAAAAAAAAAUAAAGAAGGGUCUUAAAUUCAAAAACAUGGAAAAAGGUAAAAGAACCCAAAUUAUUCAUAAGAAAAAGUAAGCCUCAGCAAAGAUGGCCGAUAAGAAGGGAGGAUUUGGUAAACCAAAAGGAGGUUUUAGCAAACCUAAAGGUGGAAAAUUCAGAAGAUGA